AUGGCAGAGAUGCUUGCAGGCCGUGGGGGGGAGACGGGCACCCCGGAGCCCUUGUGCUGGCUGGCAGCGGCGUGCCUGGGCCUGCUGUGUGCUGCCCUCUUCCUGGGCAUCACCUCGUUGGGCAUCCACUAUCACAGAAGCUCUCUUAAGUCCACGCUCCUGAGCUUGGAGCUGCAGGCCUCGCAGGAGGCGAGUGAACUGCUGAGGAAGGAGAACCACGCCCUCCUGGUCUCCCAGGUGGCGCUGCGCAGUCAGUACAGCCACGCGGCCGCAGCCAGAGAGCAGGCCCAGAGAGACGCGCUCGCCCUGGUGCAGUCCAGUGUCCAGCUGACCCACACCAACCAGCAGCUGCAGGGGGAGCUGGAGAAGCUCAGGGCCUCCGCCACCAGGCUGCAGAGCGCACACAGCCAGCUGCAGGAGGAGGCCGGGAGCAGGCUGGAGGCCGAGCGCUCGGACAGGGCCGAGGCAUGUGCGCAGCUGCAGGGAGAGAGGCGGGAGCUUGGCGAGAGCGUGGAGCGACUGCAGGGGGAGUACGUGCUGCUGUCCGCGGCCAGGCUGCGGCUGCUGGCUGAGAAUGUGGGGCUGUCGGAGAGCAGGGCCCUGUUGGCCCAGCAGCAUGUCGCCAUGGAGAGGGAGAGAGACAGACUCAGGAGGACACUCACCCAGCUGGGACACCUGGCUGCUGUGGAGCGCCAGUGUCCUCGGAAACACCCGGGGACAGAGGAGAGGGAGUGUGAGCCGUGCCUGAGGGGGUGGAGGGUGUUCUCCACCCACUGCUACUUCUUCUCCACAGAGCUCAGGAGCUGGAGCAGCAGCCGCACGCACUGCCUCCAGCAGGGUGGAGACCUGGUGGUGAUCGACAGCAUAGAGGAACAGGAGUUCCUCCACAGGCUGACUCCUCAGUACCGUAGCCCAGAGCAGAGGUACUGGAUUGGGCUGAGUGAUGAGGAGGCAGAGGGUGUCUGGGUCUGGGUGGAUGGGGCCAUGUCUAUGGAGAGGAGGUUCUGGGUAAAUGGAUUUGGAGGCGUGGAUGCUGAUAGAGACUGUGCCUCCAUCCUCAGAGAGACCAGCCCUAUGAAGAACUGGAGAGAUGACGUCUGCACUAAGACAUUCAGAUGGAUCUGUGAGAGCAAAGCGCUAGUGGAAACAGCAUGA